UCUGUAGGUCGUGUCUGUAGAUCGAACGACAGGUGACCGCAGCAGUAAAGCGUUUGGCGCAUGCGCAGAUCUCGCAGUGCAUGGAUGACUGAGGUAGCCGGAGUUCAUUGGAGGUCGAUUCACAUGUAAAUACUCGGUCAGCUGUAAAGUACGAGGCGAGCAGUGGAUGUUGUGUGUUGCUGACUCACACCAGAUGUUAUAGACUCACAAUGUGGAUCGAGUAAAACGUCCAGAAUCGAGCAGUUCCGCGUUGUUUUGAUGCUACCAGCUAAACACUAGCCGUAAAGCAGGACGUGGUAGAUUUUACGACUCCGGUGUGACGUUAUCACAGCGCUAGGAAAAUGUGUCGUUAAAUGAAGAUUUGUGUGUGAUUAAGCACAUCGUCAGGUCUGUUAGCUUCUCUGGUUUGUUUUAUAUGUUUUUUAUACGCGAUUAAGAUCAUUGUGUAAUAGAUUGAGAGCGCCGGAUGGUGAACGUUUUUAGCAAAGAUGUGCACAGACAGACUUAUCCGGAGCUAACUAGCUAGCUUCUGCUAGUUAGCCGUAUUGUGCCAAACACGUCCACCCUGGUUUGAGUACACAACCGUUUGUAUUAAACUACAGCCCGAACUGAGUGUGUGAGGUUCGUCUGUCGUCUCCGACUGUGAAGGCUUGAUUCAUGUAAACAUGUCAGCGCAAAAAGACUGCGAGUUCCUGGUGAGAAGAGCCCGGGAGGUGCUGUCUGACGAUCCGUGUGCGGCCAAAGCCUGGCUCAUCACAGCCAGGACCCUGUACCCUGCAGACUUCAACAUCCAGUAUGAAAUGUACAGCAUUGAACGCAACGCAGAGAGGACCGCCUCUGCAGGGAGACUCCUGUAUGACAUGUUCAUCAACUUUCCCGAUCAACCCACUGUGUGGCGGGAGAUCAGUGUCAUCACAGCUGCCCUACGCGGGGACUCUCAGGACAAGCAUGCACAGUUUCUCCGAGGACUUUUUGAGACACUUCCCGGCCGUGUGCAGUGUGAAAUGCUCCUGAAAGCCACCGAGCAGUGUUUCAACACGUUGGAGAAGGCCGAAAUGCUGCUGCUUCUUCUGAAACGCUUUCCUGAGUCUGUGGUCCAACACGGGGUCAAUUUAGGAGAGACGCUGCUGGAGGCGGAGGUGUCAGAGAAUGUGGAGACUCCCGUCAACUGCUUCAGAAAACUGUUUGUGUGUGAUGUCCUCCCUUUGGUCAUAAACAACAUGGACAUGCGCUUGCCGGCCAGCCUGAUGCAGAAAUACAUGCUGAAAGCAGCUGAAUUCUAUAUUGGUUAUGUUACCCGUGGACCCUCAGCUGAUGUACAGAUACAGGGUAAGGGCUCUCAAGAAGCUGGAUCGCUGAAGUCACCCAGCAUGUCCCGUGGCUCCCAGCGCUAUGUGAUUGACGGCCUGUCUGAAAAGUCUUCAGUGGUAGCAGAGCCUUGGGAGCGGCUGCUGGAUAUCCUCGCUGUGGUUGGAGCUCGCUGCGAGUGGCAGGGAGACAAGGGACAGAGGACUUAUGUGGACAUGCUGCUGAGGGUGAAGGAGUUGUGUCGCUACCUCCCUAGUCUGGAAGGGGAGACUCGGUCCCGCUGCUGCAGCCAAGUGGUCAUCUGUGCGGCACUCGUCCUCUUCCGCAGCGCCUUUCUCUACGUCUCAUCUGUACAGCCUGCACUGUUCCAAGCCGUGAAUGCAUUGAGUUCGGGGCCAUGGAUCCUUGUAGAGGAUUUGAGUUCGGUGUAUAAUGAUUUGGAGCUGGAGAGGGGAGCUGUGAAACAUGCACACAAGAAACGCAAGCUGGCUGAUGGAAGAGAGAAGACUAUGAGCUCAGAUGACGAGGACGGGUUGGGAAAAGGCCGCGGUCGACACAUCAUAGUAACCAAGGCUGAGAUGCCCAGCUGGUCAGAGACUCUGGAGAGCUUCCGCACAGCGAGAGAGAGCUGGGAUCUGCUUCACUCCCAUGACGGCUUGGAAACUGAGUUCAAGAAGAUCUGUGCCUCUUGGAAGACAGACAGCUGGUUAUGGUUCAGAAUAUUCCUCACUGACAUGAUCAUAUAUCAGGGACAGUACCGUAAGGCCCUCUCUAGCCUGCACCAGAUGGCUGCAGUGCUGCAGCCUCAGCCAGGGCAGCAGAGCCCCUCGGGUCAGGUCAGUCUGGAGCAACACAGGGCCCUCAUACAGCAGGCCUCCUGCCACUACGCACUGGGAGAGUACAGGUUGGCCUGUGAGAAGCUGCUCGAUGUUGUGAGUGGGCUCAGUCCCCCAAACCAAGAACCAUCAAAGACCCCAGAAGAUCAGGGAAGACUCAAGGCCAAAAUGAGGAAAGGCAAUGACCUGCGAUUGCUGCCCUGCACCAGCAAAGCUGUGUUACCUUUCGGCCUCCAGCUCAUGCUCGCCUGCUUCAAGCUCCGCGCCUUCAAUGACAAUCGUGACGACCUGUCCCUCGGCCAUGUGGUGGUGCUCCUGCAGCAGGACUGGCCACACGGGGAGAUGCUGUUUUUAAAGGCAAUGGAUAAAAUCUGUCAGCAAGGCGGUUUGCAGUAUGAGAAUUUCUUCAACUAUGUCACCAAUAUUGACAUGCUGGAGGAGUUUGCAUACCUGCGUACUCCAGAGGGAGGAAGAAUUCAGCUGGAGCUGCUGCCCAAUCAGGGAAUGCUGAUCAAACACCACACGGUGACGCGGGGAAUCACCAAAGGAGUGAAAGAGGAUUUCCGUCUGGCCAUGGAGAGGCAGGUGUCGCGUUGUGGGGAGAACCUCCUGAGCGUGCUUCACCGUUUCUGCAUCAAUGAAAAAAUUAUGAUCAUCCAGUCUCUUCCUUGACACCUGGACUGUGACAUUUGAAUCUGUUCGUAACAGAUAUUCAGGACACAGAUUGAAUGCAGCUGGACUGACCUCAUGACCUUAACAGCUGCGGUUGCUGUCUCAACAGAAGGAUACAUCACCUUUAGCUCUUGUCUCUUUUUCAUCUUUAAUUGUACUUGAAAAGUUUUCUUGCCUUAAAAGUGGAUCAAUCUUUUCGAAAGCAGUAUGUGCAUCGUUUUUCUUUUUACCACAAUAUGUGCUUUUAACCACAUUUGAAGUGGUUUAAUCAUAUUGUGAUAUUUUCUGGAUGUCAGUGUUGAUAAAAGAAUCCCAUGCGUUUUUGA